GUAUAUUUAACAGACAAAUACACCAUUGAGCCGUGAUGAUGCACCCAUUAAGCCCCCGAGAAUACAGACUAGAGCCUUGCCUAAUAUCAUUAGAUGAUUCCAUACAAAUUCUAGAGGAGGUGCAUGUGGCACAACCACUAGAUGGAAAUGUGAGCAUUGAACUAGAAGUACUGUAUGAUGCUCAUGGACAGCAAGUUAUGCACCCUGAGACACAACAGAUGGCUUCACAAGAGCAGCAGCAGCAAUCUCAACAACAGUCACGUCUUCCCCUACGCCAGCCACCACUACGACCCCAACGCCAACGACGACCUGUACAACAGUACCACCAACAGCAACAAGAGCAGGAGCAACAAGCAGCUCAGUUAAGGCAACAACGUCAGCAGCAGCGUCAACAACAGUUAAAACAGCAACAGCAGCAAAGAGCACAACAGCGUCAGGCACAGCAGCAACAGCAGAAACAGCAAGUUCAACAGAGAGGUAUCAAAAGGAAAGAAAAUGAUGUACAUGUGGUGGGUGAAGUUAAAGUACAGAAAACAGGACGUGGAGAGGUUGGGGGUGCUGGGACAUUGAAGUAUCGUAAAAGGAUCCCUGACAAUGAUGUAGAGAUUAUAUUUGAAUGGACUCCAGCCAAGGUUAUUGCUGAGCGACAAAAUGUUGAAGAAUGGGUGGCACAUAAUGUGAUCACUAUGUUUGACCAAGAAAAUACACUACCCUUCAUAGCUCGCUAUCGUAAGGAGAAAACUGGAAAUAUGGAAGUGGAAAAGCUUCGUGAAAUCCAGAAUUCCUACUCACAAUUAAAACAUGUACAAGAACGAGUCGUGAAGAUUUUAAAGGGUGAUCGCAAGAAGCUGCCAGAGGAUCGCAAAGCCUCCCUUCUUCGUGCCACUACUAUGCAUGAAGUGGAACAUUUGACUGCAGCCUAUAAGGGUAGUGGAAAACGCACUUAUGCUGAACGAGCACGAGAGCUUGGAUUGGAACCUGCAGCUUUAGAAGUCAUGCAAGGAACACACAACAAGUUUGCAAAUCGGCAGGAGCUCUACGGCCUUAUGGACCCCAACAGAGAAGGUUUGCGCACCAUAGAAGAAGUUGAACAGGGCCUUCAGCAUAUAAUUGCAGAUGUUAUAAGUAAAGAUCCUCAAGUUUUGGACUGCGUUCGUCAGCUUAUGAAAAUGUGCAAACCAGUGCUGGAGUGCAGCAAGGCACGUAAGCAGCAGAAGAGAGACCAGGGCAAAAUGGUGAGCAAGGGGCCAGGACCAAGUGAUGAUCUAUGUUCCAAAUAUGAAAACUACUUUGAAUACAAGAACCUGGCAUGGCACACCAAGCCUCAUGCUAUGCUGGCAAUGAACCGUGGCGAUCAUCAGGGUGUUCUCUCUGUAAAAAUCGUAAUUCCAGACAACACGUAUAUCCACUUUUUCAACUUCUGCCAGCAAAAGUGGUUGAGAUUAGCUCCGCCCCACUAUUAUCGGACACAGUUAGUCAUGACAAGUACAGAGGACAGUUGGGAAAGACUCGUCAAACCGUUCAUGCAGAGGCAGAUUCGCAGUGAGUUAACAGAGAUGGCAGAGAUUGCUUCCGUGGAGGUAUUUGCUGCGAACCUUAGGAAGCUACUUCUUACUCCGCCAGUAAGGGGAAAAACAAUACUUGCCAUUGAUCCAGGAUUUGCGAAUGGAUGCAAAAUAGGUGUAACAAAUGCAACCGGGGAGCAACUUCUGACGACCACAAUUUAUCCAUUCCGUGGAAACCAGCAAAUGCAGACAGAGGACUGGAGUAAAGACCAUAAUGCCAGAACACUCAGGGAAAUUGUUCAUAAAUAUGGGUGUGAGAUGUUUGCUGUGGGUAAUGGGUCUGGUUGUCGGGAGACCGAGACAUACUUAACUCGAUUAAUAAGCCAAAAGUGCUUUGACCCAUACAAUGUCCAGUACACUAUAAUCAAUGAAACUGGUGCUUCUCAGUAUUCUUGCUCUCCUGAAGCAAGAGCAGAAUUUCCUGGCCUUGAUCCAAACCACAUCAGUGCUUUGUCAUUGGCCCGAAGACUGCAAGAUCCUCUUUUAGAAUACAUUAAGGUCCAUCCAAUGCAUAUGGGCGUUGGCAUGUACCAACAUGAUAUUCCUGAGCGUAUUCUACAUGCCUCUUUAGACUCUGUCAUGACUGAAUGCGUGUCUUUUGUUGGCGUUGACAUUAAUUCGGCAUCAGAGUUUGUCCUGAGAAAACUUUCAGGUUUAAACAAAGUUCGAGCUGCAAACAUUAUAGAGUAUAGAAAAACUAAAGGGCCAUUCAUAAAUCGUGAACAACUAAAGUCUGUUAAGGGUAUUGGACCACGGACUUUUGAACAGUGUGCAGGUUUCAUUAGGAUAUUGCCUGAGACCCUAGAAAUGGAGAUUAAUAGAACUCCACAAGGUAAAAAAAGAGCAGAGAAAGAAUCAAUAAACCCAUUUGAUAGGACGAUGAUCCAUCCUGAAUCCUAUGCUUUUGCAUUAAAAUUUACCAGCAUAGUUGGUCUCCGACAGCAAGACAUUGGAUCUGAGCAUUUUAUCCAAACUGUUCGCCACUUCAUGCAGACUACAACUUUAGAGGCAGUUUCUGAACAGAAUGGGACAACUGUACCAACGAUGCAGCUCAUUGUAGAGGGCCUGGCACAGCCUCUCGACUAUGAUAUCCGAGCCCAAUUUGAGAAACCGUUGUUCAGAAAGGGCAUCACUUCCAUAGAUGACAUCAGUUUGGGAACGAAACUGACAGGUUCUGUGAGAAAUGUGACACACUUUGGAGCCUUUGUUGAUGUUGGACUUGGUAAUGAUGGACUUGUUCACUCCACUAAAAUGGGUGGUAUGAGACUAGAGCUUGGAAACAUAGUGGAAGUCUCAGUCAUUGCUAUAGAAAAGGAACGUGGUCGAAUUAGUCUCAUGCUAGAGCGAGUUAUUGGUUAAAUAAAUUUUGAAAGAUUUUCAUUUUGGAGUUCAAAACCCUGGCAAAUGCUGCUUUGGGAUCAAUAGUGUAUAGCUACUGGGAAGGGGCAGUUUUUAUUUCAUAUGUUAUGAGUGCAUAACAUUCAGAUAUAAAAAAGAAAUCAGAGAAUGACCUUUUUUUCCAUUCACUCCUCAACUGCAUGAUAUUUUCAGUGUAUAUAUGAUGUUGAUAGCUAAUAUCAGGAUACCUCCAUAACUUGUCAAGCUUGUAUUGUAAUGUUGACUUCUUAUUCUCUCUGUUAUAUAAUGACUGAAUACACAAUCUAAACAUAAUAUUCUCAUUUAGUAAUAAUCACCUAAAAUUUUAACUGAUGGUAAUAAUGCAUAUUAAGAUCUUAAUUAUUAAGGGUAUUUUUGUCAUGACUUGCAGUAACAAGUUCUGCAAGAAAACUGUUCCUUGCCACCCAUUGGGGUGUGACAGAGUUUCAAUAUAAUUUCUUUGAUGUAUUUUGGGUACAAACAAAUAUUUAUUUUAUACAGUUAUUUAAAUAAGUGUUUGUUAACCAUAUUCUAUGCAUUGACCUCAUUUAUCCAUGAAAGCUCUUGCCACUAUAAAUAAAAAGGGUAUAUUUUCUCUCA